UUCAACCGAGGCGUCCGUCCGUUUGUCCGUCUCCGUCUUUCCACCGCCCGGGAGGGAUCCUCGCCGGCUGGGAACGGAGCCGGGCACCGAGGAGCGACAGGACCCCGAAGAGGCGAAAGGCAGCGAGGGAAGGAGGACCCCGGCAGGCGACGGCAUGAAAUUCAGCCCAGUGCACUACUUGCUGCCUCUGCUGCCGGCGCUGGUCCUCAGCACCAGACAGGACUAUGAAGAGCUAGAAAAGCAGCUGAAAGAAGUCUUUAAGGAGCGAAGCACCAUCCUUCGUCAGCUGACAAAGACAUCAAGAGAACUUGAUGGAAUUAAAGUCAACCUUCAGUCUUUAAAAAGUGAUGAGCAGUCCUCCAAAACUGAUGUUCAGAAGCUUCUGGAAUUAGGACAGAAACAAAGAGAAGAAAUGAAGUCUCUUCAGGAGGCCCUGCAAAAUCAACUUAAAGAGACAUCUGAGAAAGCAGAAAAACACCAGGCUACUAUUAAUUUUUUAAAGACUGAAGUGGAAAGGAAGAGCAAAAUGAUCCGAGACCUCCAGAAUGAGGCCCAACAGCUUACUGAUCUGGAACAAAAAUUAGCUGUAGCCAAAAAUGAACUGGAGAAAGCAGCUCUUGACAGGGAAUCACAGAUGAAAGCAAUGAAAGAAACUGUACAACUCUGCUUGACAUCCGUUUUCCGUGAUCAACCUCCCCCUUUGAGUCUAAUCACGUCAAAUCCAAAUCAGAUGUUACUUCCCCCCAGGACAAUUGCCUCUAAGCUUCCAGUCGCAACGGCUAAAAGCAAGCCUCAACAAAGCACUCCGGGAAACAAUGAGAGCUCUCAAGUUGAGUCAACUAAGGAAGGAAAUCCAAGUACCACUGUGUGUGACUCUCAAGAUGAGGGCAAAACCUGUUCAAUGAAGCACAAAGAGAGUCCUCCAAGUAAUACCACUGCAGAAUCAGAGGCUAUCCCACAGAAAUUGCAAAUGCCUCCUUGUUCUGAAUGUGAGGUGAAAAAAGAUCCAGAAAAACAGUUGACCAACUUUGAAGGAAUGCCAGCUAGAGAAGAAAAAAUACUGUAAAUACUAAGAAACUGUGUUAAAAACAUCCAUUUGCUAUUGUCUUCAUACUCUUUUUAGACCACAGGCUUGAUGGAAAUACUAAAUUUCUAAAGCAUGUAACUUUUUCACAAUUUUAUGUAACUUUAUAAAGUAGUCUACAAACUUUCAAGAAAAUUCCAGGCCAGUUAUGAUCCUUAAGUAAUAACCUAAUUGAAAUGGAUAUCCAAUCAUUAAUAUUUCCUUGUCAUCAAUAAAUUGCCCCAUAUAAAUUGGUUUGCUUU